GUCGAAUUGGAUCCAGCUGAGCUCCAUAUCAGCAUGAAGUCCUCCGUUGCCCUCCUCCUGGCCUCCGUGGCUUGGGCUUCUGCUCAGACGGCUCACGAGUCUGAGCCUUCCUUGGCUGAGAUUAGGGAGGCUGCUGCGACUAUCCAGCCCUAUUCUCCUGUUUCCUUCGUCCCUGGUCGGGCUUUCGACCGUUUCUACCAGGUGUGGUUGGAGAAUAUUGACUACGAAGACGCUGCCGCAGAUGAGAAUCAGCAGUGGCUGGCCUCUCAGGGUAUUCUUCUAACGAACUACUACGGAGUUACCCAUCCAUCCGAACCAAACUACUGCGCCGCAGCUGGAGGAGAUACUUUUGGCAUGGACAAUGAUGAUUUCCAUCAAAUCCCGUCCAACGUGUCAACCGUGGUGGAUCUGCUGGACACCAGGGGCAUCUCUUGGAGCGAGUAUCAGGAACACCUGCCUUACCCUGGCUUCCAGGGCUUCAACUAUUCCAACCAGGAGACCUUUGCCAACGAUUAUGUGCGCAAGCACAAUCCCCUGGUUCUCUAUGACACUGUUACAAAUAAUCCCACCCGCCUGAGGCAGAUCAAGAACUUUACCAGCUUCGACAAUGAUCUGAAGCACUUCAGGCUCCCCCAGUGGGCUUUCAUCACUCCUAACAUGACCAACGAUGCCCACGACACUGACAUCACCUUCGCUGCUAAGUGGGAGCGUGGCUGGAUUGGAAAACUGCUCAACAACCCAUACUUCAUGGCGAACACCCUCGUCUUGUUGACCUUUGAUGAGGAUCACACUUAUGGCAAGACUAACCGUCUUUUCAGUGUUCUCCUUGGUGGUGCUAUCCCGGAUCAUCUUAAGGGUACCACUGAUGACACAUUCUACACCCACUACUCUACCAUUGCUACCGUCUCUGCAAACUGGGGUCUUCCCUCCCUGGGCCGCUGGGACUGUGGUGCCAACAUCUUCGAGAUUGUCGCCAACAGGACCGGCUACGUGAACUACGAAGUCGACAUUACCAAUCUUCGUCUCAAUGAAACCUAUCCCGGCCCGCUGUCUGACAACACCUACAGCAAGUACUCUCCCGUCUGGCCCGUCCCAUUGACAGAAGGCAGCUGCUCUGCUGGUUUCGGCAUCCUUGAAACCGUCCGGAAGACCUACGCUGGCCGUCAGCCAACCUACAACUACACCAGCCCCUUCCCCUAUGACGCGAAGAACAACUACAACACCGAGGUUACCGCAACCAGGGACCAAGAACCAUGGUGGUCUUGGUGGCAACCGGGACGCAUUCCCCUCUCCUGGCACGCUUAGAUUCAAUUCAAGCCUAGCCUCCUAACCCAGCCUUCCUCGAUCCGAUCGAAGUUCCAUUCAUCCUUCAUGACUGGUAUAUGCCAAAACUUCCCUUUUUCGUCCGACGGUAUAUACGUUUCUACUGCACUGUAUAUAGGUGAUUCACUUGACCAUGGGGCCGUUCUAAUGUGUUACUGUGUUACUCCGA